GCCUCGCCUUGCGACGCGUCGCAGUCUCUGUCUCUGUCUCCGUCUACGUCUACGUCUCAGUUGAGUCUCAGUCGCUGUGCUGGCGACGCGCGUCGUUUUGUGGGUUCGUUACAAAUCGAUUUCAAUAAGUUUGUCAGUGUUUGUCGGGAAAAGGCGACGCACAGACGUUAGCAGACGUUGUUCGAGAGCGCAUCGCAUCGCAAAGCAAAGCAACGCAACGCAACGCGUACGAAAAUAUUUUUUGGGCGCGCAGAAGAAAGUUGAGUUCGCUUCAUUUCGUUCGUUUCGUUUGUUCUGGCAAAAAGCAAGUGUUCCGUGUGUGUGUGUGUGUGCGUGAGUGUAUUAGUGUGCGCGGGGUGGAGUGCGAAGUGAAGAUGCGAUAAACAGCAGCAGCCCACUGUUGUUGUGUUUGCUAAACAAAUAAAGGAAAAACAAAUACAAAUACAAAUACAAAAUUCAAACACAAACAUCAUGUACAAGGAGAAACGAAAACGGCUUCAAUAAUAAUAAUUAUCAACAUCAUCAUCGUCAUAUUUCGAAUGUGGAAUACAAGAAAUGUGAAUUAAAUGCUGUAAAAACAACGAAAGCGAAAAAAAAGUAUGACGUAAAUUACCAAGGAUCAAAUGAAAAGAUGCUGAUUGAAUGCAUUUCGCAGGACAUUCCUUGAAAUCUACAAAAAAAACUAAGAAAUAUUAAAGAGCACAGAGAGAGCAAGAGACAAGAAAAGUUAAGCAAAAGUUAAGAGUUAAUUAGCCAAUGAACUACAAUACAGAGAACGUUGUAGCCGCAGCCGCAGCAGCCAGCCAACAUCAUAUUCAUCGUCAUCAUCAUCAUCCGUAUCAUCAGGAGCCACAUCAUCAACACAUUAUUCCACUGCCCAGUUAUUCCUCCAGCCAGGCAGCGGCGGCGGCGACGUCCGGCAGCGGAGGGGGAAGCGGAAGCGGAGGGGGAGGAGGCGACAGUUCACCAAAAAACAUGGAAUGGACUAAUGAUGAUGCGUUGGAGCUCAUUGAACAGUAUCGGUGCCACACAGAGCUCUGGAAUCGUGCCGAUCCCAAGUACAAGGAUAAAUUGUGUCGAUUUCGGGCUUGGUCCGAGAUCGCGGAUCGCUUUGGCUGCAGCAAAGCGGAAGUGGAGCGCAAAAUGAAUGUCCUGCUCACGCAAUACAGACGCGAGAAGCACAAGAUGUUUGUGAAAAUCUAUCAGGGCAUUCAGCCCAAUCCGUCCAAGUGGUAUGCGUUCAAGCGCUUCGACUUCAUGGAAGCCGGCGGCGGCAGUUUGAGUGGUUUACCCAACAGCGGUGCCGUUGCCAAUUCCUCCAUCACCUCAUCCGCCACAUCAUCAUCGGUCAGCCACAAUGGUCUCAAUGGCCUUGCCGCUGCUGCCGUUGCCGCCGCUGCCUACGAGAGCAGCACGAUUGCAGCGGCAGCGAACGGUGGCGCCCCAGGUGGCAUCGCAGGUGGAACAACGCCCGCAUCGCAGCACCACAGACGCAUCAAGACCAAAGAGCUCAAAUAUUUUGGAGCGAUGGCCCUCAACAUACCCAUGCUGAUAGCGAGCGGACAAACGCUAGACAACUGGAACACGGCGGGCCAAUACUCACCGCCCAUAGGCAGCGGGGCAGGGGGCGUGUCCAACUCCCAGCAGCAGCAGCAACUGCGGGUGCCAUUAUCCUACGGAGGAGGCGGAGGAUCAGCGACGCCUUAUCCAGGAGGAGGAGGGGGCGGAGGGGGAAGCAGCAGCAGCGAGUUUCAGCCAAGUCCGCACAAGACGAUCGACACCUCGGACAACGAGGACAACAACAACAGGGACGAAGCAACCGCUGCAGCACUCGGACAAUUGGCUGCCAAAGUGGAGCGACGCACUCCGUCGGGACUUGCAGCCCCUGGAGGCGGCAGCUUAGACGUGGGCGUGGCCGUUGAACCAGGUGGAGAAACGGUGCAAGUUCCGACAGCAGCUGCUGCUUCGGGAUCACACAGCGAAGGCGGCUCGAGUCCCAUACCCAAUACGAAUGCGAAUCCCAAUGGCGGCGGCAGGACAACACCAACAACGAAUAUGCACGAGGCGCACAAGCAGCAGCAUCCGCAUCCACAUCCGCAUUCGCAUCCCCAUCCGCAUCAUCAUCUGCAUUCGCAUCUGCUGCAAACGAGUCCGGUCUCCGUUCGGGCUGCAACUCCGCGGCAAGCGCACGAACAGUUGCCGCAUCAUCAUCAUGCACCCCAUGGACAUCAUGCCGAUGAGCUGGACAUUAAGCAGGAGCUGGUCGAUUACUUCCAUGGCACCUCCGCAGCAGCGGGAGUGGGAGUGGGAGCGGGACAACAAGCGGGUCCGCCUCCGUUGCCGCUGGACUCGCAGCGUUCGUACAGUUCGGCGGGCGAGGAGAGUCGCAGUCUGCAGCUGGACAUGGCCCAGGAUUUGCGUGUGGCCCAGGCCAAGGCGCAGGUGAAUUUCGGUGGCUUUGUCCUCCCCCCGCGCAGCAAUAGCGCUCAACUGGCGGCGGCCGCUGCGAUGCCGCUGAAUAUGCGCAAACUGAGCUCAAAUGCCGGUCAGCUGUUGAUGAGCUCGCUGAUGAGGUCGAGGGAAAGCAUGUCCGAGGAUGGCGAUGCGGACAACGAUGAGGCAACCGAGUCCGCAGCGAGUCCUGGCCACAUCAAGAGCAGCGUCUCCGCUCAGGAUGCCAGCUCAGCGGUCCAAGCUGCCGCCGCGUUGUAUGCGGAGAGUUUGAGUCGCGACGAUUGCGAUUUUGUGGGAUCGAAUGUGUCGAUGAAGCUGCGGACGAUGGAUCGCACACAGCGCAUCAUUGCCGAGAAGCUGAUCAGUGAGGUUCUCUACUUUGGGCAAUUCAAUGAGUUGGAGCGCACUGCGCGUAUUCAGCCCAAGUGACAGUGGCGCCUCAAGAAGUGGCCAAGAGUGGGCGUGGAUCUAAAGCAGGAGCAGGGAGUGGCAGUGGGGAUGACGGCACAGCGAGCAGCGGGUUUAACGCUCGCCUGGCACAUGGCAAACACAACUAGACGCAACGAAAUUCCAUUGUAGAAAAAGAAAACGAAAGCAAAAGCAAAGCAAAUCAGUACAAUUUACUUUUAGUCCAUUUCUUGGGGUGCAGGGGCAAAGUUACUUAGAGAAAGAAGAUGAUGAAGAGGAGGGAAGGAGGGAAGGAGGGUCAAACAAAAUACAGUUCACUAACCAAACAGCAAUCAAAGAAUUAAAUACUUAACAACCUUCAAUAUUAAGUACAGAUGCGGAGGGGGGGCCUGAGACACAUCUAUAAAGCUGAACAGAAUCUCAGUAUUAGUUCAUAAAAUACAGCAACAACCACAUACAACAAAAAAUAGCAACAAUACAACCUAAACAUAGUUAAAUUAGUUACAAAAUACUUUACAGGGAAGUAAAGAAGAGUUCUACGUCUGCUACUUGGUCGCUUCAAUCAACAAAAAAAGGCAAAUUGAGAACAAAAAAAAAGGAAAAUCAAAACACGAAAGACAAAAAAACGCCAACUCAAAAGUAAAAAAAGAAAAUGAAAUGAAACUAAAUAAAUAAAAUACUAUGCGUGUAUGUGUAGAUAACUAUUGUAUGUUUUUUAUAUGUCAAACUAUAUAUAUACAAUAUCAUUGUACCUUAUUUUGAAACAGCAAUGUUUUCUUAGUCAUUUAAGUCUGGUCGUCAAACAAACAAACACACAACAACAACACCAAUCGAUACAGUAACUGAAACCAACUAAAAACUAAACUAUACUUUUUAAAACAUCAAACUAAAAUUGUAUAAAUAUAUAUAUACAUAUAUCUAUAAAUAUAUGUCGUCACUAGUUUGUAAACAAAACAAAAAACAGAAAAGAAAACAAAACAAAAUAUAUACAUACUAUAAUUUAUAAUUAGCAAAAAAAAUUAAAGAAAACGAAACAAAAAUUGUAAAUUUUUUACGUGCAUGUGGUUCUUUUUUUUAGGUCAUAAUUAUUUUUGCAUAAUUUUUAAGUAGUUUUAUUUUUUUAUGCAAAGCAAAUCAGAGCAAAAAACAACAAAAUGCCGAAAAAACAUAUAUAUAUAUAUAUAUGUAUAUUGUAUAGUAGUAUAAACACCACACAAACACACACAAAGAUGAAAAAAAAAACAUUAAAUUAAUUUAUACACACAGAGAGCGAAAUUGGUAAAUUAGUCAUAUAAGAGUAAGCAAAGCAAAAACAAAA